AUGUCUGGUACUAUUACGGUCCUGUAUUAUGUUACUGACUAUCAAACAAAUAACGCUAAAAUUCUUCAAAUUGUUGAUGCUUCGGGUCUUAUAAAUUCUCGAAGUCUAAAUAUUCCUCAGAAAGUCUUUUUAAAAGCCUUCUAUCUGCAAGAUGCUUCCUGUGAAUUUGGCCUUAUCACAUUCGAGAAAGAUGAUGUAAUUCUUGCAACUGGCAAAUUUUGUGUCAUUGAGUAUGUUAAUGAAGAUGAUGAGAAAUUACCAGCCUUAAAG